ACUUGAAUGUUUUCAGCUCAGCGGGAAAAUUACAACGGUCUCCAUUCUUCCUCUCGGAUAUCGCCGUGCCGGGCGGCCGUUCGCCGUCGCCGGCAGCCGCAUCCACCAUGAAGAGAAGCAGGAAAGAGAACUCCAGGAAGAAAGAGACGGCGGAGGUUGUCGACAUAGAGGAUGUAAGUUUCGGCAAAAAGGAAAUUCAAAAAAUUAGGGAUUCUUUGUUGGGGUGGUACGACGAGAAUCGGAGGGAUUUACCUUGGAGGAGAAUCAGUAGUGGGAGUAGAGAUGUCAGCGCCGAAGAGAGAGAGAGGAGGGCAUACGCUGUGUGGCUAUCGGAGGUGAUGCUUCAGCAAACUAGGGUUCAAACAGUCAUUGACUAUUUCAAUCGGUGGAUGGAAAAAUGGCCAACAAUUCAUCAUCUUGCUCGUGCUUCGAUCGAGGAAGUGAAUGAAAUGUGGGCAGGCUUGGGUUACUACAGACGGGCCCGAUUCUUGCUUGAGGGAGCUAAAAUGAUUGUUGAAAGUGGGGGUGAGUUUCCGGAAACGGCUUCUUCUCUGCAGACAAUACAAGGGAUUGGAAACUAUACUGCUGGAGCAAUUGCAUCUAUUGCAUUUGAUGAGGUUGUGCCAGUGGUCGAUGGAAAUGUUAUCCGAGUGAUUGCCAGGUUAAAGGCUAUAUCUUCCAAUCCCAAAAAUUCAACAACUGUGAAGAAUAUAUGGAGAUUAGCAACACAAUUAGUUGAUCAUUUGAGGCCUGGGGAUUUCAAUCAGUCUCUCAUGGAACUUGGUGCAACCGUAUGUACGCCAUCAGCUCCCAGUUGCACAACCUGUCCCUUAUCUCAGUUCUGUGAAGCCCUCUCUCUCUCCAGAAGUGACGAAUCAAUUCGAGUUACAGAUUAUCCAAUGAAGGUUGCCAAGGCCAAAAAAAGAAAUGAUUUCUCUGCAGUUAGCGUGGUGGAAAUAACCGGGACAUCAUCUCAAUGCGACAGCAAAUAUUUACUUGUAAAGAGACCGGACACAGGGUUGCUUGCUGGACUCUGGGAAUUCCCGUCUGUUCUACUGGAGGGAGAAGCUGACUUGGCUUCAAGGAGAGAGGCAGUCGAUAGUUUUUUGAAACAGGCAUUUGGUCUAGACAUUGAAAAGAAUUGCGAAGUAGUUUCGAGAGAAGAAGUGGGAGUAUAUGUUCAUGUAUUCAGUCACAUCCGUCUCAAAAUGUUCGUAGAGUUACUGAUUCUGCAACCAUCAGGUUUUCUGGAUAUGAAGCAACCAGAUGAAAGUAUGAUGUGGAAGUUUGUAGAUAGCACAGCCAUGGCUACUUUAGGUUUAACAUCUGGUGUAAGGAAGGCAUACAACAUGACCCAAAAAUUCAGGCAGAGUGGUCAGCAAGUCCCUACAAAAACAAAAAAGCCAAAAAGACAACAAAGAACAUGAUGCACUCUGAUUUCUUAAAGUUAAGCAGUUUUGUUAAUGUGAGGUCAUGUGUUGAACCCUUCUUUAUUUUUUAUUUUUUUGGCUAAAUUGCACAAAAUCUACUCGUGAUUUUAUAAAAUUGCACGAAAUUCUUUGUACUUUUAAAAUUGCGUCAAACUCUCUCGUGAUUUCAUAAACUUUGCGUCUAACUCCCUCAGUGGUUUUUAUUUAACGGUAUUUAACUUAAAUGCGCUCAAAUUGCCGAAUAAAUUUUAGAAUUUCAAUUUAUAAACUCCUAAAAUAAAUAUAUAUAUAUUUUUAUAUUUACCCUAAAAAAAUAGUAAAUAUACUAAAAAAUAGUUAUUUUUCUUAGGUUUUAAGAGUUUAUUUUUAUUAUUUUUUUAGGCUAAAUAUAUAAAAAAUAAAUAUAUUUGUAAUUCUAGGUGUUUAGAAAUUGAAAUUUUAAAAUUUAUUUGCAGUUUGAGCGUAUUUAGGUCAAAUUCCCUUAAAUAAAAGACCGCUGACGGGUUAUACGCAAAGUUUAUGAAACCACAAAGGAGUUUGACGCAGUUUUAGAAGUACGGAGGAUUUGGUGCAAUUUUAUGAAACCACAAGAGGAUUUUGUGCAAUUUAGCCUCAUUUUUUUAACAUUUAUUUUUUAAUUUAAUACUGAUUUGAACAAGGGCAUGUUUGAUUGGAUAUAAUGCAAUAUUUUGAAUGAAAAUAUUCCUUGGAGUAAUUUUUUCAGGAGAAAAAAUAAAUUGUGCAUUGAAUGUUGUAGUUUAAAUACGUACUAAUGAAAUUAUUAAGAAAGUGAAUAUGAUUAAUACACUUGUAGAAAAUGUAGGCUAUUUAGUGAAAUUAUUAGAAAUGACUUUUGGUAUAGACAAUGAUUUCAUUGGAGAGAAAUAAAAUUGAGUAGAGAAUGAAAAUUAAUUCUUUUGUUCGGUAAAACAGAGAAUUCAGUAAAGAAAAUGCAGCUGUAUUAAUGAAUCAAAUAAGAAUAAUUAAUUAACCCGAUAAAAAAGAAAAAAAUUUUAACGAAUGAAAAAUAUUUUUGGUG